AUGAGCAUAUUGCGAGCAACCAGAUUUUUGACGAGGAGAAGCUCUUCGUUCAUCCUCGGCGAGCUGAAAAACGGCGAAAUUGUCGAAGCAAAAUUGCCGAAUGUUCCUCAUUUGUCUCUUAAUUUCCCAGUUGAGCUCGAAGGAGAGGGAGAAGCCUGGCUACUUGGGAAGACCUUUCCAAUUUUGGCGGAAGAUGUAAUGGGAACAAUUAUUGAAACGCCGACACAAGGACCUGGCUUGAUAAAAGUAGAAAAUGAUGAACACGAUGAUACAGUUUUCUUCAUGCAAGAUGUCCCGCUGUAUCUCCGCCCAGAAGAAGUAGAAAGCCUGGCAGGAGCGAAAGUAAAAUUCGACCUCGUGAAGACACGAAAAUCAACGAAAGCUUUUAUUACAGAUAUUGUUUUGCCCUGA